AUGACUCAGGCUACGACCUCGUCCUUCCCUGCUCCAUUACCUGCCAACGCCGAUCCUACAGCCUAUCCCCUCCAGCAGGUCCCCAGGGGCCCUCCGCAACCCAUCACCAAACCGGCCGUCUCGGCCUUCCCAGGGACUGUUGACUGCUGGCCGCCGUCUUCACAGGGCGCCAUGUCGUUGUUUUCUUUUGUGGGCAGUGCACCGCCAGCAGAUGCUAUCGAGAGCCCUUAUGAGCUCCUUGGCUUUGACGGGACAUUCCCCGAUUCCUCAUUACCGAACAAUGACCUCCUUAAUUUCCACUUUCGACCCUACCCCGACACCUCCACCGAAGAGCCAGAGGCCUCGACCGCCGUGUCGGACCUCAAGUUUGAUACCAAUCCCCUCCAGAUCGGGCCCCAACCGCGCCCGCCACUCUUAUAUCCCUUCGGCACCGUCCCGUUUGAAAAGCCAGGGCUAGAGAGCAACUUAUUUCCUCCACGGGCGGACCUAGGUCCCCGUCGAAGCUCAGCCCCGUCCCUCAACGUGCGUGAUCUCGAGCGCGAACGCACCCAGAAGCUGAAGCACCAGAACCGACGGGCAUCCCAUAAUGUUGUUGAAAAGCGGUACCGCGAGAACCUCAACAGAAAGUUUCAUCUGCUGGAGACCAUCGUCAACAAGGGGACCGAGCCGUACUCGUGCUCGCCUUGCUCCUCGCCGCGGUCAUCGCCGUCGUCGUCGGGGUCGAGGAAAGGGAAUACUACCUUUUCUUCCUCGUCGUCGUCUUCUGCACGCCGCCAGUAUACCUCGCCGAAAGCGACAAUCAUAGACAGCGCCCUGAGCUAUAUCGAGAGCCUGCGGAGCGAGAACCAUGCGUUGAAAGGGAGGCUCUUCUUCUAUGAGACUUCGAAUAACCCCUGCCUGAGAGGCCGUCCUCAAGGACAGACCGCCGCGCAGGAAUACGAACAGGACGAUGAGAGUGGCAGUGAGAGUGAUGACGGAGAUGAGGAGAUGAGCGGCAUCAAGUCGGAAGAACGGCAGUGA